CCAAAAGGCUUUAUCAAAUCAGUAACAUAUAUUGCUAUCGACAAAGCUGUAGUUUUGUGAUGAAGAGGGAGCAUCGCAUUUGUCCUUUUUAACUACAACUAACAAAGUAAACGUUAGCUGACCUCUUUUAGCACGUAUAAACACAUUACUCAACGUCACGAGCAUCACGAGGUGCGAUACCAACCACAGGGUUAUACAUAACUUCACUGAUACGUGCCUCUAAUAACAGUCGAACUUUCCCCUAGUCACAUUGUUGGUGGGAUAUAUCAACACUCUAGUAUCUCUACCGUAUCUUUUUAAACCUAUCAGUGGCUCUAUCUUCAAUUCAGUGUGUUAGAUAAGACAAGAUGAUCGUCCUACAGUAGAUAUAAGAAGCUUAUAAAUACAGGAACAAUUACUCAUUCGAAACGUCCAUCGCACCGCAACACGGAAGUGAAUGCUAUAAGACCCAGUUGCAAUCUCCACAGCUCGUAAAUAACACUGAAGGUGAUGGAAAAGAAAGCGCUAUAUUUAGAUGACCCGAGCGCCCGCAUAGCACAGGAAAAACAUCGUCCGCGGAGGCCUGCCCGGUACUUGCUGGUAGCAAUGAGUGUCACCCUGUUCCUCUUGGCGACGGUGGUGUUGGCAAACGGCUGCUUACGACUUCGCCACGAUCAACAGGACUCCAGCAGAAAAGAUCUCGGGUCGGACCAAUCCAUCCCUGAUCGAUAUGAGGGCUACAGACAGGUGAUCCUGCAGUUUUUCAGCUAUAGUGAAAAAGCGGACACGCAACAUGGGAACGACGUUGGACUCAUUUCCACUCAACAUAAACCUAUCGAUAACGGCUUAAGUAGAAUCGUUCCACAGCUCAAUCAAUUUAUAGCCGAACCUGCGGAGAGGAGGGCACAAAAAAUAGACUUCCAAGCUCAACGAAAAACCAAAGAUCCCCUAACUUUUGCCAGGAUAGAGUCGAAUGCUGUGCGCUCUGUAGAAAACGACCUGCCCCCGGGAUGCUCCGUGCCAAACCCCAGUAAGAUAGAUUGUUACCCAGGGGGAGGGGCCUCGCAGCAGGCAUGUGAGGCCCGGGGGUGCUGCUGGGUGCCCGUGAACCCAAAUCCAGGAAACGCGCCGUGGUGUUUUUACAAAGCCGACAAUAACGCCACCUAUUCCAUGGGCCCUGUCGUCAAAACCCCUUUCGGCUUCUCGGCAAGUCUCACAAAACAGAAGAAAUCCCAACGCUGGCCUAACGACAUCCUCAGUCUCAAACUGGACGUUUAUUUGGCUACGCAGAACAGGUUGCACUUUAAGAUAUAUGAUCCCAAAAAUGAGCGUUAUGAAGUUCCCAUUCAAACCCCUCCCGAACCCAAAAGGGCCUCAACCUUGGACUAUGACGUCACAUUUAAUAAGAAUCCGUUUGCUAUUAUGGUGAAGAGGAAGAGCACGGGAACGAUGAUGUUUGACUCUUCACACGGCUUGCUGACAUUUGCCGACCAAUUUCUCCAAAUUUCCACCUCCCUUCCUACACAGUAUAUCUACGGCCUAGGAGAGCACAGGGACAGUCUGCUGCACGAUGCCACGAAGCCUCACACAUUUGGCUUCUACGCCAGGGACCAGCCACCUUCUGAACGUAUAAACUUAUAUGGAGUUCACACACUAUAUAUUGGUCUGGAGAAUGAUGGCAGCGCAUUCGGUGUCUUUCUGCUCAACAGCAACGCCAUGCAGGUUGACAUGACUCCCGGUUCUCCACCAACAUUGACAUAUACCACAGUCGGUGGUAUUCUGGAUUUUUACGUGUUCACCGGCCCCACCCCUAAUGACGUCAUUGCUCAAUACACGGCUGUGAUUGGUCGGCCCACUUUGCCCCCAUAUUGGAGUCUCGGGUUUCAUCUAUGUCGUUGGGGAUAUGGCGGAACAGAUGGUAUGAGGAAAGUGAUCCAGCGCAUGCGUGCUGCAAAGAUGCCUUAUGACACCCAGUGGAACGACAUCGACUACAUGGACAUUCACGAGGACUGGAGUUACGACAAGAAGAACUUCGCUGGACUGCCGGACGUGGUCAAGGAUUUACACCAAAACGGCCAACAUUACGUCAUGAUCGUAGACCCCGGUAUUAGUAAUCAAAAAGGAUAUGAACCGUACGACAGCGGCGUGAAGGCGGGAGUUUUCAUUAUGGAUGCCAACGGAACAGCUCCCAUCAUUGGCAAGGUAUGGCCUGGCACCACAGCAUAUCCAGACUUCACCAAUCCAGCCGCCGUGGACUACUGGGUUAGAGAAGCCAAGGGUUACCACGACCAGGUCCCAUUUGACGGGAUAUGGUGUGACAUGAACGAGCCUUCCAAUUUCGUCAAGGGAUCCAUCAACGGUUGUCCUAAAUCCAAAUGGGACAACCCUCCUUACUUCCCGCCAGCGGUUGCUGGUGGCUCCCCCUCUGACAAGACGAUCUGUGGUUCUGCAGUUCAAAAAGCAGGCAGACACUACGACUUGCAUAGCUUAUACGGCCACACGGAAGGGAUUGCUUCCAAGAAAGCGGUGGUCACAAUCACGGGUAAACGUGGCCUUAUCAUCUCCCGGUCGACAUUCCCCAGUUCCGGCGUGUACGUGGGGCACUGGUUGGGGGAUAACAACGCCCAGGAACAUGAUCUGCAGUCUUCCAUUCCUGGUGUACUUAAUUUCAACUUCUUCGGCAUUCCACUGGUUGGUGCAGAUAUCUGCGGUUUUCAAGGGGACACCAACACCAACUUGUGUACCAGAUGGAUGCAGGCAGGUGCCUUCUACCCCUUCAUGAGGAAUCACAAUACCAAAGGAGCUAAGGAUCAAGAUCCAGCCAACCCAGACUUCGGCAAAGCCGCCCAGGAUGCGAUCAGGAACGUGUUGCUGGUCCGGUAUCGCCUGUUGCCAUUCCUGUACACGUUGUUCUUUCAGGCUAGUGUCAACGGCACUGGGGUAGCACGUCCGCUUUUCUUCAAAUAUCCCACCGACCCUGCGACGUAUGGCAUUGACCAGCAGUUUAUGUGGGGCGAUUCCUUACUCAUUUCACCCGUUUUAGCCAACGUGGACCAAGCCAGAUCUGUCCAAGCCUACCUGCCUAACGACGUGUGGUAUGACUUCUUUAACGGUUCACUAUUGACAAGUAACGGUGGCCAGGUGGCGCUGGAUGCCCCCCUGGACAAGAUAAACCUGCACGUGAGAGGAGGCAGUAUUAUCCCCACGCAGGAACCAGACGUUACCACGACGCUAAGCCGCCGAAACAAGUUUGGUCUUCUGGUCGCGCUAAGUCCAAAAGAAGAUUCCACAGGCAUGCUCUUUUGGGAUGAUGGCGACUCUGUCAAUCCAUUGGGUAGAGGCGAAUACAACCUGAUAACUUUCACGGCUGGCAAGGGCGGUGUAAACUCUAUGGUUCUGAAGUCGGGAUACAAAACCACGAUGACUCUGGGGUCCGCCACUAUAUUUGGGGUGGCUAGUGCGCCCUCUACAGUGACGGCUAACGGCAAGGCCGCCAAGUUCAGCUAUAACACACUGACUAAGACCUUGAACAUCAACGACCUGUCGCUCUCUUUGCUGCAACCUGUAAAGCUUGCGUGGACGUAAUACAUAUUGAAGCCAAGCAGAAUUCAGCCAUAGCGCAGGGUGUAUAUGUAUGGGGAUUGCUUUUUUGCGACAAAAUAUAACCGUCCGAAACUAAGAGCUGUGAAGCUGUCGCUCGGGAUAUUGGAUUAGAAUUCACCACAUUUCACGAAAUAAUUUCAUUUUACGUAGAAUAUAGAUUGUAUUUGUUUUAAAACUGUUGCACGUGAAAUCUUUUUCUAGUGUCGUGCAUAAUAGAAUUAUGCUCUCGUCUCAGCAUAAAUAAUGUCUACACUAUCUUUCAAACAAAAAUGCAUUUUUCAUUAUUUUAUUAGCAACGAGGAGUGAUUUAUCAUUUGUGAAUUAUUCAAUAAGUAUUUGAAGUUAAAAUUUCACAAUCGUCAUAGUUGUGGAUAUGUUAAAACGUGUGUACAAGAGAUUAAUUGAGAUUUGAAUAUACAAACAAUUCGUUUCGUGUUACAGAAAUAUAAAUGAACUUUUUUUAAAACUGCAGCUUGACAUUGUUAAAUGCACUGGAUAUGAAAAUAAUUUUUAAUAACUGAUAAUAAACUUACUGAUUUUA